AUGUUCUGGCGAUGCCGGGAUAGAAUGUUGAAGAUGUUGUUGAUGAUGAAAAAAAGUAUUUACAUCGACAACAACGACAUCUUAUAUAUCAGAAUCUCUUUGUCUGUCGACAUAGUGUUUGGAGAAUAUUCUUCCCAAACGAGUGUCUCCAUACCGCGCAGCAGGAACAUUGGAUUGAGCAGUGAUGGUAUUCGCGGGGAGUGGAAAACCGGAGCAGAGCUAACGGGCUACUUUCGGCCUACUCUAUCUCAAAGAUACUCAAUGAGAUCUGAGAUUGCUGUUGGAUCUGGAGGGGAGAUUGGCGCAAUUGGGAAUCCUGGAGCUUGCAAAAAUCUCCUAAAGUCAACUACCAAAAGCUACUCCAGGAGCAGUAUUGCUGUAUCUGACAUUGCUACCUUCUCCUUGGGAGUCAGCUCUAAUACAAUCAAAUCGAGUAAAUUCCGGUGCUCCUACCGAAAUGUAAGGUUUUUUCUGCAGAAAUUCCAGGUAAUAACCAAGCGCGCAGAGAAAAGAAACUAUAUAUGA